AUGGGACGGACUGAUGAACGUUUUGCUAAACUGCUCCAGAUUUCGCCAGCAGCUGUGGGUACUGUAUUGGGUGCUGUAGUGGGUGCUGUAGUGGGUGCUGUAGUGGGUGCUGUAGUGGGUGCUGUAGUGGGUGCUGUAGUGGGUGCUGUAGUGGGUGCUGUAGUGGGUGCUGUAGUGGGUGCUGUAGUCAGUGCUGUAUUGGGUGCUGUAGUGGGUACUGUAGUGGGUGCUGUAGUGGGUGCUGUAGUGGGUGCUGUAGUGGGUACUGUAGUCAGUGCUGUAUUGGGUGCUGUAGUGGGUACUGUAAUGGGUGCUGCAGUCAGUGCUGUAGUGGGUACUGUAGUGGGUGCUGUAGUGGGUGCUGUAGUGGGUGCUGUAGUGGGUGCUGCAGUCAGUGCUGUAGUGGGUACUGUAGUGGGUGCUGCAGUCGGUGCUGUAGUGGGUGCUGUAGUGGGUGCUGUAGUGGGUGCUGUAGUGGGUGCUGUAGUGGGUGCUGUAGUGGGUGCUGUAGUGGGUGCUGCAGUCGGUGCUGUAGUGGGUGCUGUAGUGGGUGCUGUAGUGGGUGCUGUAGUGGGUGCUGUAGUGGGUGCUGCAGUCGGUGCUGUAGUGGGUGCUGUAGUGGGUGCUGUAGUGGGUGCUGUAGUGGGUGCUGUAGUGGGUGCUGUAGUGGGUGCUGUAGUGGGUGCUGUAGUGGGUGCUGUAGUGGGUGCUGUAGUGGGUGCUGUAGUGGGUGCUGCAGUGGGUGCUGUAGUGGGUGCUGUAGUGGGUGGUCGGUGCUGUAGUGGGUGCUGUAGUGGGUGCUGUAGUGGGUGCUGUAGUGGGUGCUGUAGUGGGUGCUGUAGUGGGUGCUGUAGUGGGUACUGUAGUGGGUGCUGUAGUGGGUGCUGCAGUCAGUGCUGUAGUGGGUACUGUAGUGGGUGCUGUAGUGGGUGCUGUAGUGGGUGCUGUAGUGGGUGCUGUAGUGGGUGCUGUAGUGGGUGCUGUAGUGGGUGCUGUAGUGGGUGCUGUAGUGGGUGCUGUAGUGGGUGCUGUAGUGGGUGCUGUAGUGGGUGCUGUAGUGGGUGCUGUAGUGGGUGCUGUAGUGGGUGCUGUAGUGGGUGCUGUAGUGGGUGCUGCAGUCGGUGCUGUAGUGGGUGCAGUAGUGCCCAAAAGCAAAUCUUCCAGCUUAACAUAAAACCGAACACUAAAGAUGAAGGACGUCGCACAACUUUUAGGUCACUGAAAAAAUAUAAUGUGGUGAACAUUUCCUUUCUUUAUGUUCAUAUAAAAGCCAUGGCGGUUGCACAUUUUAUUAGACAUGUGCACAUUUUUCGGCGACCAAACAACCAGUCUGUGAGUGAAAUGGAACAAUGUUACACUCUAUAA